UUAUAACAUUUUUAUUUGUUAAACAUAUUAGCCAAAACAAUAGCUAUAAACAUCACUAAGCUAUAUUUGUUCCUACCCUUUUAUUUCUCUCUCCAUGAUCCUUUUCUGCUGCAAGAUAGAGAGAGAAAAAGCUAGCAAAGGCAAAAAACAUUAUACAAGAGAAAGAAGAAGGUGGUACAUGAGUUAUGCCAUUGCUAACAACACAACGCCCUAGCCAUUGGAUAUUGUGAAUAAUAUUCAGGGUUAAUUCAUUGUUUUUCUUUGCUUAAGGGACAAGUCAAACAACAACCUUACAUUUUUAUGCAGUUGAAGUUUUAGAUAUAUGCAAUGGCUUAUCAGCAUUAUCGAUCGCCCUUUGGGGAUACAACUUACACAAAAGUCUUUGUUGGUGGGUUGGCUUGGGAAACACCAACUGAUAUAAUGCGACGUUAUUUCGAGCAAUUUGGAGAGAUUCUUGAAGCUGUUAUCAUUGCUGACAAGAACACUGGCAAAUCUAAAGGCUAUGGUUUCGUUACUUAUCGUGAUCCAGAAUCAGCAAGAAGAGCAUGUGAGAAUCCAAACCCAGUAAUUGAUGGGAGAAGAGCAAACUGUAACAUUGCUUCUCUUGGACGCCCUCGUCCUUCACCACCUCGAGGUAGGGGACAAGGAGGGAAUCCUUAUCAAGGAGGAGGAAUACCGCAAGGACCAACAUCAUCAUCUUAUAGUGGGGUGGCACCAGCAGCACCACCACCAUUGCCACUACCUCCACCACCUGCAACUCCUAUGAUAUAUUCACCAUAUGGGUAUGCGACCUAUCCUCCUGAUUAUUAUCACCAAGGAAUGUACAACCCACAGUACCAGCAAGCACAGUAUUAUCAGCAAAUGUAUGGAAGUUCAUCGUCUCCAUAUUAUUACGGAUAUUCCAUGCAGGGAUCAAGGGGAACAUUUUCUGCUGCUCACCCCCAACGUUUUCAAGGCGGACCUGCAGCUUCUUAUCUUUAUUAUCCUACUACUCCCUUGCCCGCCGAUGCUGCUGCUGCUGCUUCCUUCUCCUCUUUCACUACCCCUCCUCCUCCUUUACUCCAACACCCUCCUCCUCCUGCCGCUACAAGGCUUCAAUUUCCUUCUCCUACUACUGAAUCACAGAUUCCACAGCAGACCUCAGGAGAAACAACAGAAGCUGGGACUGUGACUACUGAGAGUCCAAACACAUAAAAAGAGAGUACAAGCUCAUCAUCAAAGCAUAUUAUAAGUCAUGCAUGGUGAAAAUAAAAACAAAUUGUACAAUCUUUAACAAAAAAUUAACGAUGUCUCGUCAUCAACCUCAAUGACUUUAUUUAAAAAAUCUAUCCAUAAUUUUUCUUGGUCCAUGCUUUGUUAUGUAUCCAGCUGAAUACUCAGAAGAAUAUUGAUCUCAACAACAACAAUGGCUGGUAAAGAUGGACUACUCAGAUACAUGGCCACUUCCUAUCUUCUUUCUUUAUCUUUUUUAUUUCCUUAUUUCUUUUUCCUUUUAAACAAGGAAAACAUUUCAAUUGUUGUUCAUUUAUUUAUUUUUCAUUUUACUAAACAUCCUUUAUUACUGUACGAACAGUAGGACGGAAAUAUUAAGCCCUCAAUAACGAAUUAUGACAUAUUUACCCCCUUAUUAA